AUAUUAAUAAUAUGGCUCAAUGCGCCAAUACUGCGCAGACACGCCAGUCGUUAAUUCCGCAGUUCGGGGCUUAUUCUAUACAUUAUUAUUCUUAUUUUAUCUUUAUUUUAAUGGUAUAAUCAUUUAUUAUAGUAUUAUACACACGCAUUUAUAGUAUAUAAUAUUUAACAUAAAAACAUGUGUAACAUUGGUGCAAUGUAUUGGAAUAUGCAUGAUAAUAUAUUUUAUGAUUUAUCUUUGUUAUUAUUAUUAAUUUACUUAAAUAAUACCUAAUACGAAUUAAUGUUGAUCAGUAAAAUACUCGGGAAAAAAAUUAUAGUGUUUUAUUUUUAAUUUCUUACAUAUUACUACACCAACUGCCCAUUCUUUUUAUUUUAAUGCGAACACAACGAGACAUUUAAAUUAUGAUUGAAAACAAAAAUGUGACGAAAUGUAGAAACGAUGCAAUCAAAAUCAUUCUAUACGUGGUUUUUAUGACGACUUUGUUUCUAUUAUAUUUUAGUGAUAACAAUUAUGAAAUAGAAAAUUCGAUAGAUCAUCUGUCUACCAAAUAUAAUUCAUAUUAUAGAAAAGUCAUCACAACUGAAAAUAAUACAAAAAAAUCAACAACAAUUGAUGAUAACGUGAAAGAAGGAUAUGUUGUAUGGAAUGACAAUUGUCGAAUACCUAACAUAAGUGCCUACGAUAAGACAAUUAAAAAUUUGAUUAAAAAAAGCAAUUCUCCAAAGUGUUUUUCAACAUUGCCAUUAACCAGCGUGAUCCUUGAUGUAGAUAAAUGGUCUUACACUUUUAAAAUUAAUCAUGGAUUUCACUCACCAAGUUCAAAAUCAAUCGUUAAUUGCUGUUAUUCACCAAUUGUUCGAAAUGAACUAAAAUUUAAGAUUAAUCAAAAAGAUGACGAUCGUUACAAAGUUGAGCCAAAAUGUUAUCCCAUCAACGAUUCAGAAAUAAUUCCUAAGUCAGUUGAAUAUAUGAUGGUAACAUGUGAAUUGAGACCAAAUGGCGAUAAAUUAAAAUCAACGGUUUAUAAAGAUAUUCAUGCAAUGGUGAUCGAUAAAGGUCAAAGGCAAUUUCGAAAUGCAGAUAUCCCAGAUAAACCCAGUGUUUUAAUAAUAUCUAUAGAUUCAUUGUCUCGCUUAAAUCUUAUACGAUCGAUGCCUAUAACAUAUCGUUUGUUGGAAACGCAUGGAUUCAUGUCAUUAGAGGGAUACACUAAAGUUGCCGACAAUACGUUUCCAAACGUUGUUCCAAUUUUAACUGGCAUGUUUGUAAAUCAAAUGACUAAACGAUGUUGGAAUAGUCCCAAAGACGAGAUGGACGAAUGUCCAUUUCUGUGGAAAGAUUUCAAAAAACGAGGUUACGUCACAGCGUAUGUGGAAGACGAACCCAGCAUGGGCACUUACAACUUCGGUAAAUACGGAUUUCGAAACGCGCCGACCGAUUACUACUCGCGGCCGUACAUGCUGGCGGCCGAGCGUUACUUGCCGGUAGUCAAGUACGACGGCAUGAACUUCUGCCUGGGCCCGCGGUCAGCGCCCGAUCGGGUGUACGCUUACGUGGAGGACUUUGUCAAGCUGCACAGACACCACGGAUACUUCGCCGUUUUUUGGCUUAACACGUUCAGCCAUAACGACGUGAACACGCCGUCGGCCAUGGACCAGCGAACGGCCGGCGCGCUGUCCAAGUUGUUGGACGGUCGUCUGCUGGACAACGCAGUCACGGUGGUGCUCAGCGAUCACGGACUCCGGUUCGGAGCGAUACGCGAGACGCACGUCGGCUGGCUCGAGGACCGGAUGCCAGCGUUUUACGCGCGCCUGCCCACCGGAUACGUAGCAGCGCGACUCAGCCACCGCGCUGCAUUGGCUACCAACAAGCACCGAUUGACGUCGCCGUUCGAUCUCCACCUAACGCUCAAGCAAUUGCUGUUUCAGCAGCUCAACGACGAAGACGAAAACGAUAACAACAGUAGUCUUCCAUCUGUUGUGGCCGAAGGCUGUCCAACUUGUCACAGUCUGUUCCGGGUGGCUGACACCAACAGGUCGUGCGAACAAGCGGGCAUCGCGCCGCAUUGGUGUACGUGCGACGAAUAUGAAGAACUAGACCGGCGCAGCAGGAUAGCAAUGGAUGGCGGCAAGUAUGUGGUGCGGCAGUUGAACGCGCUGCUAGCAAAAUACCGAAAGAUGGUGCGCAAGGGGUACGUUUGCUCAAACUUGUCACUGAGAAAAACCGUGUCAGUCCGAAGCAGGGUAAACCGGGGAAACGGUCUCCGCGAGUACUUGUUGGUCGUAGAAACGUUACCCGGUGGGAGCAUGUUUGAGGUGACCGUUGGACAAGAAGACGGCAGUGGCGCGUUCGGAAUGCUGGGCGACAUAAGUCGCAUCAAUAUGUACGGGUUUCAGAGUUAUUGCACGGAUGACUGGAGACUAAAAAAGCACUGUUAUUGCGUGAAAAAAAAAUGGAAGCUUACUGACAGUUAGCUCGAGUAUUAAUCUGCACCGCUCUCUGACUCGACGAGUGUAUAAAAAUUAUGUUUAAAGAUUGAGCCCUAAAGUAUACACAUGUUCUUGAUCCCACCUUAAACUCCUAUUUUUUAAAUUAUAAAUUGUUAUAAUUAUUUAUUGUAAGAUAAUAUAGCGUAUACUCCAUAAAAUAAGUAAU